AUGGCAACGGCUCCGUCAUUGACGAUAACAAAGCUGUUCAUCUACCCCGUCAAAUCACUCCCGCCAGUCCAGGUAUCGUCCGUCGAGCUCACCAACGAGGGUCUCCGCUUCGACAGAAGCUUCGUCUUGGUCAAUCCACCAAAAGACGAUUCGCGACGUGCCAAAUUCCUCACCAUCAAGAAAUUAUACAAGCUCGCUCUCUUCAGACCCACCAUAGAUGACAGCUGGACCAAGCUCACGAUCCACCAUACGAGGGCGACUCCCUCGUCGUCCAUCACGGUGCCACUGACGCCCUCGCCGCUGUCUCUGUUGACAAACAAGACCUUCGAGGUGAGUAUAUUUGGCACGACCGCCAUCGGCAUUGACCUUGGGGAGGAAGCCGCGGCCUUCUUCUCGAAACACUUGGAGCAGGAUGUCCGUCUGCUCUCGAUAGGAGGCACGGGUCGUCGCGAGAUCCCGGGCGCUGCCUAUAUCCCCAGCCAACGGAGCGCGCUGUCUCUGGCGUUACAAGAAGGCCUCCAGCCUCAACGCAUUCGAUUCGCCGACGCUGCACCGUUGCUCAUCACGUCGACGGCAUCCGAACAAGAUGCACGCUCGCGCCUCCCUCCAGCGCAUCAGGAUGAGGACGUCAUCAUCCGCUUUCGCCCGAAUAUUCACAUCGACGUGAAGACUCAGCUGCCGCCAUACGACGAGGACAACUGGUCUUCGUUGCUUGUUCGCUCACAUUCGGACGAAGCACAAGAGGUCACGAUCAAAUGCAUCUUCAGAACGGUGCGCUGCCUCAGCUUGAACGUGGAUCCUGACACUGGCGACAUGAUCAAACGCGACCGACAGCUCUAUGGACUCUUGGCCAGUGACAGAAGGGUCAAUGACAAGUUCCCUCACAAACCUGUCUUCGGGCAAUAUGCCUUUGCCGGCCCGUCCGGCGCCAUCCUUCGAACAGGAGACACAGUAUAUGUUACAGAAAGGAUCCAGAGGACCUGA